ACUGAUUUUUCACAAAAAUUGAAAAUAUAUCAUAAAUUUUCCCGUAUCCUGUUCUUAUUGCAUACAAAACCUUAAAAGUAACUUGGAAUGAAAGCAAAAACAGAGCUCUGCUUAUGACUUGGAUGUAAAGAUAAUUUGACAUGGCUAAUCUUGCUGUGCUAGGUGAACCAGGACAGGGGACAAGGACGCUCCACAACACAGUAUCCCACGUUAAGUUAAGGAACCUUCGCCAUCAGCCCCAAUAUUCCGAUCUUGUCUUCGUCUAUAAAAGCCAAGUUGAAAUUUAUGCCCAUCGAGCCAUUGUAACACAAUAUAGUAAAUACAUACAGCAAUUAUGUACUGAAAAACAAAGCAUGGAAUAUAUAGGCAGUGUUAAUAUGGUGAUAAUUGACCUUGCUGUGUUAUUGACACCAUUUUCAGAAAGUUUGUUUUACUGCAUUAUGGACUUUAUGUAUGGGCAAAGUAUCAGUAUCAGUGAAGUGGAACGGGAACAGCUAGAGCAGUUAGCGACAGAGUUGGAAGUAUGGGAUUUGGUGAGUUUAUUGAAAAUCCCAGCAAAUCUCUGGAAUUCUAUGUCAGGAGUAGAUCAAGUGAGUGUCCCAAUUGCCGACCCUUAUCCAGCUGAUAACCUAUAUAACCCCUUUCAAAGUGAUAACAUGAAAAUGGAACAGAGAAAUGUAGAAGGUGCCAUGUUAACAAAGGAUACAUUGCCAAAGCUGGUUACUGAGGAAGAGAACUCUGUUGUAUUGGAAAAUCCCCAAAAGGAGCAUGUAUCUCAACAAGGCCAAGGACUUGUUGAUUUUGAAGCGAUGGCUCAACAAGGGACACCUAAUGUGGAAACGGAGCAAAGUAUGAAUGAAACGCUGUCACCGUGUAAUAACAGGGAUCUAUCAAUCCCUGCUGAAAAUCACCCUAAUAACUCUGAUGGUUUACUGUUAGAUUCAGAUAAUGUUAAAGUUGUCAGUGAUACUAAUACAAUCCCAAGUACCCUGACAUCAGAUAAUGUGAAAUUUCAAUGUUCAGGUCACACCAGUCCUGAGGGUAAUAAUACUGAGAGUUCAAAGGUUAACACUAUUGUGCAAUCAAACAUCAACUCCCCAGAUGGUUUUAAGGCCAGUGAUUCUGAGGAUUUGAAACUAUGUGAGCCUUUCAAACCAAGUACCAAUGAAGGUUUAAAUGUUAAUGCCACAGGGGGUUCAAAAAUCAGUGCCACUAAAGUUGGAAGGGUUGGUAUUCCAGAAGAUAAACAGAUAAACACACUUGAUGGUUCCUCAAAGCCUCUGAAAGUUGUGACUAUGUGUAGUAAGGCUGUUCAAGUAUCUGAUCAAGCAUUUGACAAAAGUAUAAAUAAAGUUAUCGAAAAUGUCUUAGAACAUUAUGAAAAUAACACCGAAGGUAUUGAAUUGGAUGGGAAUAAAGUUGAAGCCAUUAAAAAUGUAAAGGAAAAUAGCAAUGGUGAAGUUGAAUCUGAAGCUGUUGUGGAAAUUAAUGAUAGUGAUCAAAUAUUGGAAGUGGAAACUAAUAGGGAUGGAAAUAAUAGAAAUCAUGAUAACACAA